AUGGCGCCGCCCGACAACGACGGCCCCCUCCCCGUGGCCGGGCCCGCGCUGUCCAGCCGCAUCGCCAUGCUCCUCGCCGCGCACCCGUCUCCCCUAUCCCUCUCCGGGCGCACCGCCCGCCCCGCGAACCCGGCCUCCUCCUCCUCCUCCUCCUCCGACCGGCACCGGCGGGCGCAGGCGGAGCAGGACGAGGACGAGGCCUUCUUCAAGGGCGCGUACCUUCCCAACGGCGGCGUCGGCUACACGCCCCCGACUUCCACGUUCGAGGAAGCGAAAGAGGAGAAGGAGCUGCGGAGCCGGAUACUGGGAGGGCGGGCAAGGGACAGCAAGGCAGACAGGGAGCGGUGGAGCAAGGUGAAGAAGGCCGCGGCGGGAGGGGACGGCACGGACGAGGACGAGGAUGUGGGGAGGAGUGCGCUAGGGAAGCGGAAGAGGCCGCGGAGGGAGGACCGUGAGCAAGAUGAGGAUGAGAAGGAGGAGGGGGAGGCGGGGGAGGCUGCGGGCGGUGCGGAGGAGCGGGCAGAGUCGCGGAUGACAGUGGAGGAGGAAUCGACGCAACCAGCCACGACGUCGACGACGACGAAGCGCAAGAAGAAGAAUAAAAAGAAAAAGAACAAGGCGCAAUCAACAUGA